GGGGAGGCUAGGCAGAUGGAGAUCGGGUAUCUGCUUGAGGCGUCGGACGAUGAACUUGGUCUUCCGCCGGCGGGGCAGUCUUCGCCGGAGGAGGAGGCUGAGACGGCGGAGGGAUUUGGCCGGAUCUGGGGAUUUGAGGAGGAUGGGGUCCCGGGGUGGUACGAGGGGUUUUCUGACUUCGGUGGGAGUCUGGUGGAGGAGAGAUUUGGUUCUGCGGAGGAAGGAAGCACCGCGUAUUUUGAUGCCGGACUUUUUGAUCUGCCGGAUUUCUACUUGCGGCCGGAGUCGCUGCCGGCGAUCUGAAUGAGCAGCGAACUUUGAUUAUUGUUUUUUAUUUUUAUUUUUAUUUUAAUUGACUUCAGAAGAAUUUGUGAAUUAUAAAAAAAAAUGUAGGGAGUGUUAAAAAGAAGAUAGAAAUUGCAAAAUGGAACUUAUAAUGUGUUAAA